AAUAAAUAAAAGUGAUUAUUAUAUCCGUCAAAGGUGUAUUUGUUCAUAAAAAAAUAACUUGUGAAUAAACAAAUGUGUUUAAUAAGUAUUUGAUGAAGAAAUAUUCUAAUUUAUGAUUAUAAAUAAAACUUUUUCGUCCAUUCAGUAUUUUUGAGAUCAACUUGGGUGGUCUUAUUGAGCUCAUUUUUCUACGUGGACAAGAAAAUUGUCAACAUGUCGUUUAAGACAGAUCUUAAAUUAUUAUUUAAACCCUAUUAUUUAAUUAAUAUUCUUUUGAGUCUUUCAUACAUUAUUGCUAAGCAAGUUCCUAUUAUUUGUCCAUACAUUUUUCCAGGAUCUGAAUGUGAAUUGAAUGGGAGAGAAACUGAGAUUCUCUUCUUCUUAAUGAUUGUAAUUAUGAUAAGGACUCGAAAGACUGGAAGUGUUACAAUGAUAAAUUAUUUAACUUCUAGUUUUGUGUACACUAAAAUUGCAAACCUUAUUUUAUGGUUUUAUGCUGAUGUCAGAAUGGGCAUUUUAUUUGGCAUUAUUUUUAUCCUUUGUGGACUACUUCUGCCAGAACCCACAUAUCAAGGUCCUGAGAAUGUAAUUUAUCUAAGAGGAGCAAAUGGUCUAGAUGAAGAAUUACAAAGAGAUACACGGGUUGUUUGGCUAGUUGCUUUCUACGCAGUUUGGAAUCCAGCAUGUGUCAAUUUUGCACCUAUAUUCUCUCAACUUUCAGCUGAAUAUGCUUUAGACAAUUUAAAAUUCGGCAAAGUGGAUGUUGGAAGACAUCCAGAUGCUGCAGCAAAAUACCAUGUUAGUGAUUCUAGUACUAGCAAACAAUUGCCUACAUUGAUUCUCUUUAAAAAUGGUAAAGAAGUCGAACGACGGCCAUACGCUGAUAGUAAAGGGAAACUUGUCAAGUUUCUUUUUUCCUUAGAUAAUAUCAAAGCGUCAUUUGACUUAAAUAAUGUUUACAAGACGUGUAAAAAUAAUCCUAUCAAGAAGAAAGAACGAAAAACAUUGAAAGCUGAGUAAUUUAAAUAUCAACAACAUUUCAUAAUUUAUAUUAAAUGUUAUCGUCAAACUGUUUUCAUCAAUAACAAAGGAAAAAUAAUAAUCAAUAGAGAGGAAUAUUAAAUGGAUGUUAACUUUCGUGCAAAUCACCAGUCGUGUUCGUGAUAGAUUAGUAUUUACGUAAUAACUUGUCGCUAAUUGCAUCAACGCCAAUAUGAUUUUCUAUUAAAAAAUCAGUUUUAUUUUAAAUUAUUCAAAGACUAAUAUUAAAAAUAGUAUAUAAGACUAUACUAACAAUAAUACAUCAUAAACACUUAUUAUUUAUUGACAAAGAUUUUAAUAUAUUAACAUUUUAUAAAUCGAUUUAAAUGUUAUUUCAAUUUUAUUUAUAAAAUAAUUGCUAUUUAUAAAUAAUUCAUGCUUAAAAAAUAAUCACUUACUCUUUAGAAGCAAUAAGUAGAAUCUUACGAAUAACUUAUCUUCCAUUUAGUCUAUACAGGAGGCCAAAGUAGUGCCACAUCAUUGUGUGCAGAUUCAGGCAACCAUUUUUGAUAGGCAUUUAAGAGAACUGUAAAAAAUGAAAGUACCAAUUAAUUAAAAACAGUUAUAAAUGAUAUGUAAUUGAUUGUAAAAUGUGCGUAAUAGAUAAAAAUCAAAAAUUUA